AUGGCCUUCUUCCAGUGUCGCCAACCCUCCUCCUUCUCACCUCUUUUCCGCCUUCUCGAUGAUUACGAGACCCACCGCUCCGAGCCGCGCCCCACCCGCGCAGUUGCUACUCCAAGCUUUACCCCAUCCUUCGAUGUCCGCGAGGCUUCGAAUGGCUACUACCUGGACGGCGAACUCCCAGGCGUAGACCAGAGCAAUAUUGAAAUUGAAUUCAGUGAUCCACAAACUCUCAUCGUGAAGGGUCGCACUGAACGAAACUACCAACAAACUCAAACCCAAAGCCAGGACCAGGAGCAGGAGCACACCGAGGAACAGACCUCGUCUCCAUCUCCAUCUGCAUCUCCACGCCAACACCAAGCAACCGUCGAAGAUGACUCAGACGAAGCUGACGCUGACUCCGACUUCGCCAUCAACACCGAUGACGACACAAGCUCACAACAACUAAAGCAGAAGCCUUAUGCAGAGCCAACAAAGCAACAGACGCAGACGCAGACGCAGACACCCCAGCCUGAAUUCCACUUCUGGGCGUCGGAGCGGUCAAUCGGCGAGUUCCAGCGCACAUUUACCUUUCCCACGCGCGUGGAUCAAGAUGGUGUGCGCGCUAAUUUGAAGAAUGGGAUUCUUUCGGUUUAUGUUCCUAAGGAUGCGACGCCUAAGGUUAAGAAGAUUCGGAUUCUGUGA